AUACCUACCUACCAAACUUGUGUCCGCGUGUUUGAUACUAACUACCUAUAUCAGUUUGUGUGUGCAAAUAAUUUUAGUUAGUAACUUUAUUUGGGAAUUUCAGUGAUAUUAAAGUAGUUCAAUGUCAUAUCUAACUGUGUAUAAGUACACUACUGCUCGAAGAUAGGUACUUAAAUAAAAAAGUCCUCGCAUUUUGAACAUCUAUUUCAAAUCACUUAUUUGAUAUAUAGCGAAAUACCGAAAUGGACAAGGUUAUAAAGGUACAUAUAGUCUGUUGAUAUCUGGAAUAUAUUGAUUUUAAAGACGAGAUAGACUUAAUGAAAGUAGGUAAAUUAUGGAAGCGACGAGCAUGGAUGAUAGAAAAAGAUACAAUGGGAUGGAAAAAUACUUACAACGCGUCAGUGGGACUUACGUAUCUGUUCCCAAACACGUGAAAACGAAAAACAACAGAAUACUGAAAAAGGUACUUGAGAUUCUAAUACAGAAAAUGAAAAAUACUGACACGCGCUUCAAUCAACUUUACCAAAAAUUAUUUUUCGGGGGCAGUUACUACGACGGUUUGAAAGUUGGAACCCCGGACGAGUACGACAUAGACCUAUUGUUGCAGUUUCCGUCGACACAUGGAAUCGAAAUACGCACCGGUAAAGUACCUGGUUACGUGAAUUUGUACUUGAAAAACAUAACAGGUUUUGAGAAAUUUUGUGACAUUGAUGAAAAAGGGAAUUUGUACCUAGAUACAAAGAAAGUUUUAUCUUGGAUGGAGAGCGUCAUUACCAGAGCUUUUGAAGAGUUCGAGAAGAUCGACUCUUGGUAUAUUCUUGGGAAACGUGAAAAACUGCAUGUGAGAUACCAUAAGACUGAUGGUCCAGCAUUUACCCUGGUAAUAAAAGUAAACGAUGGAAAAGAAAUGAAUGUAGAUUUAGUUCCUUGUUUUUUAUUUGAAGGAGACAAAUGGCCAGCUGGUUUUAAGAAGUAUAAAAAAGAAAACGGAAAAAUUCUGUAUGAUUUUUUUGUUGUGCCAAAGCAUCCAAAAAAUGUCACAGUUAAUAUCAGCAAGUAUUGGCGACUAUCUUUCCAGAUACAGGAAAGGCAUUUUAUACAUAACAAAGGACGCUUAAAACCAACACUGAAGUUAUUGAAGAAAUUGAGAGAUGCACAGCAACACAAGAAACUGUAUAGUUAUUUUUUAAAGACAGUGGCUUUAUGGGAAGUUUUAAAAAACCCGGAACCAUUUUGGAUUAAGAAUUCGUUGAGUUUUGUCUUUAUGCACCUCUUGAAAGAAUGUCAAAAAUAUUUGGAAAAUGAGAAAAUACUGUAUUUCUGGACAGUCGCAGAGUUUAAUCUGUUAGAAACAGUUAAGGUAGAUUGGAGUAACAUUAGUAACAGAUUACGUUUUAUUAUCAAUAAAAUUGAGAGAAACCUACCAGACAAUCCAGAUGUAAUACUAGAAUUUAUUUUAACACCCGACGAGCUAGCUGAAUUAUAUCCCAAAGCUACAUUCCCGACUGUCGAAGAAGAAGCAGGAUCAUCAUGCAUAUUACUAUAAAUCUAUUACUAAAUUUGUGUUACUUUUUUUUACAUGCAUUAUGUUAUUGGACUUGUGUAUUGUAGUGUAUUCCAAUUUUAAUUCAAUCUGUAGUUUUUUUUAAGAAAUAAUCGUAAUGUAACGUUGUGUAUAAAACUUGUUAUAUAAAAGAUAUAAACGUGUUUUUUAAAUUUGUACAUAUGUAAAAGUUUAAUAAAG